AUGGGCAACGCACUGCCCUCGAAGUUGUCUGAACAAGCUCAAAACCAGUUGGCAGCAAUGGACGAAGAGCUGAAGGGCCUCAUAGCAAAGCACGAUAUUCAGUCAUCACACAAAGCCUUAAACCGCAAGGAGGUCGCCGGAACGGAAACCGUAGCCCCUUCAGCGAAACUGGCUACAGGUUCAGCAAAAACGACAACUUCGUCGAAAAGAGUUCUGGACUUAUUCACGCAACUGCCAGAUGAUCUGAUGGACCGCUUAGAGUCCAGAAAGUGGCUUGACAGGAAGAACGGAUUGGAGACGCUCCUCACAGCGGUCGCUGUGGACGCUACCUUUGAUGACGUGGUUCAGUGCUUUGACGCCGUGUUUGUUAACAAGAAUCCGACGAUGAAGAUGCAAAGUAUUCGUUUCUUGGCCAGGUUCCUUCAGGACUGUACAUCCAAGGAGAAGCAGAAACAGAUCUUUCAUACGUUUUCUAACCGUAUUGCUGAUAUAAAAGAGAAAGCAGCAGAACUUCUUUCGAACCGACGGAAUGAAGAAAAUGUGGAAGACGAAAAACAAAUUGAUAUAAACGAUGAUAUCGAUAUGCCUACCGCCGUUCAGAUGUCGUUCUGGAGCUUCGUAUGUCCCAGUGAUGCCCAUUUCAAGAGGCUGAAGGAGCAGUUGGAACCGAUCUGUCAUGAUAAAUUGCUAAAGUUUCUUUUCAGCGACAAUACGGAAGAUAUCUUGCGGGCAACUGACUUGCUGAUGCAGCAUUCGGUGGCAUUUUCUACAGUAACGCACGACUGUUCCGAUUUGCUGUUCAAAUGGUGUGCGCUGAGAUUUUUUAACCAGGGCGCAAUGGUAAUUGUUCGUCUCUUGGUCUUCGCUCAAAGGCUUCUUCUCCUGAUUCACGAAAAUUCGCACAAGUUGUCAGAGGUAGAAGCGAGAUUAUUCAUUCCACAUAUUCUGCGUCUGUUGGGCCAUUGCGACCAAGAAGUUUUUGAAGCAGCCAAUAUGACUUUAAACAAAGUUCUGAUCGUCUAUCCGACAUCGCGUAUGCUCCCAAUGAUGAUGGAUGCGUGCUACAGUCAAAAUUCUUGGCAGACGGCGGCAUGCCUGAAGCGGAUCGCCAUUCUGAUAGCUUCUUUUGAAGCUUAUAUUUUUGGCAAUCAACCGGAGAAAAUGGUUCAUUUCAUUGCAAAAUUCGUAAAUGAUCAAAGCAGUGCCGUCAGGGAAGCCGCACUCUGUUGCCUUUUACAAGUCUACAAUUUCUUGGGCAAAGACAUUUUGACUUACUUAGAAACGGUGGAUGAAAACUCGUUGAAUCUUUUUCUUCGUAAAACAGAGGAGCAGAAGCGCGGUCUACAAUUACUGGGUUUGGAUCGUGACAUACAAAACAACGACUCUCGGCGGAACGUUCUAAAGGAAAGGCUUGAUGAAUUUAUUGGAUCGUACGAAGAGAUCCUGAAGACGCAUUCAGACGAAAAUGCGGCGACAAAUUCAAGUAGUGGAGAUAGGUCGUCUACUGGAAAGUAUGAACAGUUGUGGAAGCUAAUCCACCCAGACGAUUAA